AAAUGUUCCUGCUGUAUAUGUACAUCUUAACACCUGAUAGACAUAUGUAGGUAGUCGAGACAGCUACACAUGACUUCACUGCCCAUCUAAGCUUGUCUUGUACUGCAGAAAGAGGGUUCUGUCAUUAAUUAGCGACUUAAAACCUGUUCAUACAAAUUCACAACAAUAGCAUGUGCCCUGGAGAUAAACCUGAUAAGAGGACGGUCCCAUCUGAUUGGGAGAUUGACGAGAUGCGUACAUUACCCCUGGUGUGUAUUACUACUGUGACAGUCCAAGGAAGGGGAUAAAUUAAAUGACGAUUCGAGGAAUUCAUUCAUUGUUAAAAAAGUGACUAGUAUCUAUCGGACCUAUAUGUUAAAGACCUUGUUUAUUUUUGUCACUUGUCAUGACAGAUGUUCAUGUGAUUUAAUCAGGUGUAUGUUUUACGACUAAGAUUAUGCGGGAGGUGACUUUUUGUGCCGUGUGUGCAGAGAUGUAUAUUUCAGUCAGCUGUUUAGGACUGUGAACCGGUAGCAGGAAUAUUUUGUCUGCUGAUGAUGGAGAUUUAACGUGACAGGAAUUAUGCCGCGUGCUGCACUCCGAUCCUCAUCAGCUGCUGCACUCCGUAAAGUGACCCUAGAGCGUGUGAUCGGUCUCACAGUCAGUACCAAUGCGACCUUGACCUGUGACCUUAACACUGGGACCAUCGCCUAUCCUGCAGGAUGUGUGGUGGUUUUAUUCAAUCCUCGACGUAAUAAACAGUCCCACAUCUUCAAUACCUCAAAGAAGACCAUCACCUCACUGGCUUUUUCUCCUGAUGGCAAACAACUUGUUACAGGGGAG